AUGGGUUUCGAUGUUGCUGCCACCAAUGAAAUCUCAGAUUGUUAUGCUAGUGCAAUCUCGCUAGUUUACCCUUAUUGUGAUUCGAUCACUAAUUUACCACCAUUGGUACGCAAGCUUGCAACUGUGCAGCUUGUUAUUUGUGAAUUGAAUGAAAGCACAGUUACUACCCCCCCAUCAUGUGUUGGUGUUACCGAAGCAACCUUAUCUUCUUGUAUUCAAGCUCUCGAAAGAAGUCCUCAGUGGUGGACUACAUACACCAGUUACUUCAAACACAUCAACGAAGUUUGUUAUCAGUAUCUGCUCCCAAUUGAGCUGAAGCUUUUAUUUGACCAAUAUCGUGACAGCUUCUCGAAUUUAACAACGUUGGUUCAGGACAUUGGGCACAACUUGAAUCUUGUUGUCAGAUCGCAUCGUUUAAAGUCAAAAGAGAUUGUGGAUUGGACAGUCAAUGAACUUUCUGAUCAAUACCAUAGUGUAUUGACAACGUUUCCCCAGAUUUUGACCGAUACUAUGAGUCAUUGGUUAAACAAGAAUUUGCCGGAUUUGAUUGACAAUCAAAUCAACAAUCAGUUAAAUACAUUGAUGAUGCAAGUGCAAAGUCAUAUGGAAGCGACAAUUUCUAACACAAUGGUGCUGGUGUUCGUCCAUGAAAUUGAUAUGGUGGCUGAACAUCUUAAUAAAUCAAUUGAAGCGUACUCUUCUCAAUUGCAUGGUCAUGUCAUCGAAUUGGAGAGCCGUGGAAUCAAGCCAAAAAACUUUCUAGGAAACGAUCCUGUUCCUCAAACUCGAGAAAACUACGAUUACAACACUAAACUGGUGGAGCUGUUUCUCAAUUGGCUACGAAGUAGUGACCAAUACCGGAUACUGAAGCAACUUGAUGAAGUUCCCAUACCUCUACUUUCGAAUUUGAUAGAGAAGCGCAAAUUGGAUCUCAGCGAUAUUGAUGCUGAUGUGGAUCGGAAGAAGCAAAAGUACAAGGAGCGACAAGAAUUCUACAACCAGCUCAAGUUGAACAAUGAUGAUGUUAUUGAUGACGAGGAGGUCACGGAAAAUGACAGAAUGCCUUGGGUGAAUUAUUUAGUGGAGAAGGAUUUGAAAUUGGGGCAUGAUCUCAAAUUCUUAAAUACACCGUUAUUUUCCGAGUACACCAAGUAUCAAUCCAACACAAAGUUCCACCCAUCACAGAAGCACAAUAAGCAUCUUCAGUCGCUUAUCGCCAAUCAUGACAAAAAUGACUAUCUCAUUCCCAAGUUUGAAGCGAAUCCUGAAGGCGAUGAUCAGAUUUUGCCUCUGGAGGAACUUCAACUGUUAUUGCCGUGUAACCUAACUUAUCCUGAGGAUAUAUCUGGGGACCUUUCACCCGAAGCAAUUAAAAACCUUACAGCGGCCUCGAAUUCUUCAAGUGAGUUGAGGGAUGGUUCAAGUCAACGAGUUGAAUCUCAGCAUACUGAAUCGCGUGAUAUGAAAAUAUCAGAAGUUGAUCCGUUACAAGUUACAGGCGAUGAAGACGAGGAGAUAUCGGAGAUGUCUGAGCUCACCCCUGUUCCUCCUGCCUCGCCCUCACCUGACUCACAUGAGGUUGAUAUGGUAACGAACUGA